CUCCCUAUAUAAACCCUCUUCGUCCUCAUCCAUUUCCCCUCUCUUCUUUCAUCACAGUUCCCCCCAUCUCCCCUUUCGACCAAAUCCCAUCUCAGGGCCGUACGGACACUUCUUCGCGCGCACUUCCGCCGUCGCUCUAGGGUUGAAUUGGCGCCGCGCGGCGUGUGAAUCCGGAGGAACGAUCGGGACAUUCGAUUCAGUUUCUGCUCGCUCUUGGCUCGAGAUCCGAGCCAAGGACGGAGGAUUUUCUCGCCGCUGCUUCUCCGUUCGCCGUCCGGCGCUCCGAAUCGGUAGUGUUCUUCGCUUGUUUGCCUGCGUGGCCUGGAAUACGUGAGCGAGUGGAAAUGGAACCAGGCGAGGGAUUUCUGACGGAGGAACAGAGGGAGAUUAUGAAAAUGGCGACUCAGAAUGCGGAUGUCUUUUCCUCUUCGCCGAAAUCUUCAUCCGGACUGCUAUCCGACCACCACGUGAAGGCUCCUGUUGGCGGAAAAGCCUCAACCGCCGGGAUUGCUGUCAGGCAUGUAAGGCGCACGCACUCGGGGAAACACAUAAAAGUUAAGAAAGAUGGAGGCGGUGGUAAAGGCACCUGGGGUAAGCUGCUUGACACUGAUGGGGUUUCCCACAUUGACAGAAAUGAUCCAAACUAUGAUAGUGGAGAGGAGCCUUAUGAGCUCGUUGGAACUGCUGUUUCCGAUCCAUUGGAUGAGUACAAGAAAUCUGUUGUGUCUCUCGUUGAAGAAUACUUUAGCACCGGUGAUGUGGAUGUUGCAGCAUCUGACCUUAGGGAGCUCGGUUCAGUUGAAUACCACCCCUACUUUGUCAAGAGGCUUGUUUCCAUGGCCAUGGAUAGGCAUGACAAGGAAAAGGAGAUGGCUUCUGUUUUGCUUUCUGCACUUUACGCCGAUGUCAUCAGCUCGUCCCACAUUAGCCAGGGAUUUUUCAUGCUUCUCGAGUCUGCCGAUGACCUGGCGGUAGACAUUCUGGAUGCUGUGGAUCUCCUCGCCCUGUUCAUUGCCAGAGCCGUGGUUGACGACAUCAUCCCCCCGGCUUUCAUCGCAAGGGCAAGGAAAAUGCUUCCGGAGUCCUCCAAGGGAUACCAAGCGCUGCAAACCGCCGAAAAGAGCUAUCUUCUGGCUCCCCACCACGCCGAACUCGUGGAGCGGCGUUGGGGAGGCAGCACCCAUCUCACCGUGGAUGAGGUCAAGAAGAAGAUCGCCGAACUCUUACGGGAAUACGUUGAGAGUGGAGACGCCGACGAGGCUUGUCGGUGCAUUCGGCAGCUCGGGGUCUCCUUUUUCCACCAUGAGGUAGUGAAGCGAGCGCUAGUCUUGGCCAUGGAGAUCCGCACUGCCAAACCGGCCAUCGCGAGGCUUCUCAAGGAGGCCGCAGAGGAGGGUCUGAUAAGCUCAAGCCAGAUGCUCAAGGGCUUUGCACGCUUAGCCGAAAGUCUUGACGAUCUUGCACUAGACAUCCCUUCCGCGAAAGCACUGUUCCAGUCCAUCGUGGACCAGGCGAUCUCCCAAGGGUGGCUCGACCCGGCUUUCCUCAAAUCAUCCGGCGAGGACGAAAACGGCCACGACCCCGAUUCCGAAAGGCUGAGGCGAUACAAGGAGCAAUCCGUCACCAUCAUUCACGAAUACUUCCUCUCCGACGACAUUCCGGAACUCAUCCGGAGCCUGGAGGACAUAAACGCGCCGGAGUACAACCCCGUCUUCCUGAAGAGGCUCAUCACCCUCGCGAUGGACAGGAAGAACAAGGAGAAGGAAAUGGCGUCCGUCCUCCUCUCCGCCCUCCACAUCGAGCUCUUCUCGACCGAGGACAUCGCCAACGGCUUCGUGCUGCUCCUCGAGACCGCCGAGGACACCGCGCUCGACAUCCUCGACGCCUCAAACGAGCUGGCCCUCUUCCUGGCCCGGGCCGUGGUCGACGACGUCCUCGCCCCGCUCAACCUCGAGGAGAUCGGCGGCCGGCUGGCGGCGAACAGCAGCGGGGGCGAGACGGUCCGGAUGGCCCAAUCCCUCGUCUCGGCCCGCCAUGCCGGGGAGAGGAUCCUGAGGUGCUGGGGCGGCGGGACGGGGUGGGCCGUGGAGGACGCCAAGGACAAGAUCGCGAAGCUCCUGGAGGAGUUCGAGAGCGGCGGGGUGGUGGGGGAGGCGUGCCGGUGCAUCCGGGACCUCGACAUGCCGUUCUUCAACCACGAGGUGGUGAAGAAGGCGCUGGUCAUGGCGAUGGAGAAGAAGAACGACCGGAUGCUGGACCUGCUAGGGGCCUGCUUCGAGGAGGGGCUGAUCACCAUCAACCAGAUGACCAAGGGGUUCGGGAGGAUCAAGGACGGGCUCGAUGAUCUCGCGCUCGACAUCCCCAAUGCCAGAGCGAAAUUUGCUUUCUACGUCGACCAUGCCAGAGCUAGCGGGUGGCUUCUCCCAGCCUUCUGAAUUCUCUGAUGGUAAACAAAAAAAAAAAAGAAAAGAAACUUUCUCUACCCAUAUCUCUUUGUUCCUUCGUUUUGCCUAAUAAUGUGUUGUGACUCCUCUUUCGUUGUAGAAAAAAAAAGCAUGACUUCCUUCUUCCUUCUUCUCCCUUUGGUUUCAUUUGUUUUGGUUUUUUUCCGUCGUGCAUAUGAAUAGUUAGUUAGACCUUUUGGUUGGUUUCAGUGUGUUUAGUUUCUGUUGCUCCCCGUGUGUUGUGACAGACGGCGUUUUGGUUACCGGGCAAUAAUCUCUCUGCUCAUGCAUAUGUGAUAUGGCUAUGUUUCUGUGCUCUAAUGACUAAUAUUGGGAGUAAAAUUUGUUGUUUAUGAGAGUUGAGCCAUGGGUCUCUUGGAAACAGCAUCCCUGCUUCCGAGUAGGGACAAGGUCUCCGUACACACACACUCCCCAGACCCUACUGUAGUGGGAUCCAACUAGGUUGUUGUUGUUGUUGUAUUACCUUGUUUAAACUUUAGAGCUUUUAUCAUAUACUCCAAUCGUCUGGAUUUAAUCUUCUUAUCUGACUUUUUUUUACCAAAGUUAUAGCGUUUGAAGAAGAAAGAAUUUGAAGAAUGAAUGAGAAAACUUUCC